ACGGUAAUAUCUGCGUUGAAAAUGAGCGGUAGAGGCAAAACCGGCGGUAAAGCCCGAGCAAAGGCUAAGACUCGCUCCUCCAGGGCGGGACUGCAGUUCCCCGUCGGCCGUGUCCACAGGCUCCUGCGGAAAGGAAACUACGCCGAGCGCGUCGGUGCCGGAGCUCCCGUUUAUCUGGCGGCGGUGCUCGAGUACCUCACCGCUGAGAUCCUGGAGCUGGCCGGAAACGCCGCUCGGGACAACAAGAAGACCCGCAUCAUCCCCCGUCACUUGCAGCUGGCGGUGCGUAAUGACGAGGAGCUCAACAAACUUCUGGGCCGAGUGACCAUCGCUCAGGGCGGCGUGCUGCCCAACAUCCAGGCCGUGCUGUUGCCUAAGAAGACCGAGAAACCCGCCAAAACCAAGUAAACGGAUCACAGACUCGAUUACUGAAACAAAGGCUCUUUUAAGAGCCACCUAUUUUAUCUGUCAACGAGCGCUUUUCUCUGUUAAUAUCUACAAACACUAUAAACACGUUUGGUCAAGGAGGAAAAUAACCCACCUAACGACUAGUGUCUACCUCCACGAUGAAUGUUACAGUUGACGUUGUGCACGUUAGAAACACAUGAUGAUCACCUAAAGUGUGACUACCACCUAAUCCAUUUCCUCUGAGAUUAAAAUAUAGUUGUA